AUGGCGGAAAUCCGAAACGAACCGCUCACCUUCCCCGAGAAGGAUCAGGUCGCCCAUACCAAAGCCAACAACCUGACGAUCGCAAAUGCCAAACUUGCCACUGAGAAGGAACACAACAUGACCCUCUUGCAGGGUAUCAAGUUGUAUCCCAAAGCUGUCUUCUGGAGUGUUCUCAUCUCAACCUGUAUCGCAAUGGAAGGUUACGACGUCUGUCUCCUCGGAGCCUUUUACGGCCACCCCAAGUUCAACGAGAAAUAUGGUGUAUUGCUGGCCGAUGGAACAUACCAGGUACCUGCACGCUGGCAGGCAGGUCUCAGCAACGGUGCCAAUGUUGGAGAAAUCAUUGGUCUCUUCAUCAACGGCUUCGUCUCCGAGCGCUUCGGCUACCGCUACACUGUCAUGACUUGCCUGGUCAUGAUCGCAGCCAUCACUGCUGUCUUCUUCACUGCACAAAACGUCCAGACCUUGUUGGUUGCUGAAAUCCUCUGCNNGGGUGAGUUUAGGUCGCCGACUUUUGUAGCAGUACAAGCAUCUGACCAUCAUGACAGUAUUCCGUGGGGUAUUUUCCAAACCCUCACCGUAACCUACGCUUCCGAAGUCUGCCCUGUUGCUCUCCGUGGAUACCUUACAACCUACGUCAACUUCUGCUGGGGAAUGGGCCAGGCCAUUGGUAUCGGCGUUGUGAAGUCUCUCCUGCACCGCAACGACCAAUGGGCAUACCGCAUUCCCUAUGCCCUUCAGUGGAUGUGGCCUAUUCCCCUUCUCAUCGGAAUCACCUUUGCUCCCGAGAGUCCUUGGUGGUUGGUCAGGAAGGGCAGGGUCGAGGAAGCCAAGAAGUCCCUUCUCCGCCUGACCAGUCUGAACCGCGAGACCAACUUUGACGCUGAUGAGACCAUUGACAUGAUGAUCCACACCACAAAGCUUGAGGAGAAGAUCACCACCGGCUCCAGUUACUGGGAUUGUUUCAAGGGAACCGAUCUCCGCCGUACCGAGAUCGUCUGCAUGGUCUGGGGUAUUCAGAACCUCAGUGGCAACUCCUUCUCCGGAUACUCGACUUACUUCCUCGAACAAGCUGGCCUCGACCCUGGAAAGGCUAUGGAUUUCGCAAUCGGACAAUACGGUAUCAACAUGGCUGGCGUGUUCGGCGCUUGGUUCCUUAUGAGUGUCGGCAUCGGUCGCAGAACCCUCUACCUGGUUGGUCUCUGUGGUCUUUUCACUAUGCUUCUUAUCAUGGGCUUCCUUGGACUUGUCCCUCAAGCUCACAAGGACUCUGCGUCCCUCGCUACUGGCUCAAUGAUGUUGAUCUGGGCAUUGUGCUACCAGCUGUCGGUCGGUACCGUCUGCUACUCCCUCGUCUCCGAAAUCUCGACCCGUCGCUUGCAGAUCAAGACCAUUGUUCUCGGACGUAAUCUUUACAACAUAGUCGGCAUUGUCUGCAGUGUCUUGACCCCAUACAUGCUCAACCCAAGCGCGUGGAACUGGGGCAACUAUGCCGGUUUCUUCUGGGCUGGUAGCUGCUUCUUGUGCAUCAUCUACACCUACUUCCGCGUACCUGAGCCUAGCGGUCGUACUUUCGCCGAGCUUGACUUGCUUUUCGAGAAGAAGAUCAGCGCGAGAAAGUUCUCCAAGACCCAAGUCGACGUCUUCGCCGACAGUGUAGAGAAGGUUGAGGUUCACCACAACGAGAAAGUUGAUGCUUGA